UUCAUAUAUUAAAAAAAAAAAGGGACCUCUUGAUUCUCGCUUGUGUCUCUCAAUCUCAAUCAGCUGCUUGCAUUCUCAGUUAAUUAUUUAAACAUCACAUGAUAGUCACAAGCAGGCUGCUUGCUUGCUGGAUUAAUUAAAAUUAAAUCAUGUGGCUGAGAGAGAUUUCUUCAAAGGAAGGAAUUAGUGAGCUGCUUAGUGGAUGGUUAUGAAUAAGAAAGCCAGCUGUCUUAUUCUCACCAAGACUUGUGUAAUCUGAAGAAACUCAACUUAGUCAUCAGAUAAAUUAGUCACCACUUUCUUCUCUCCUGUCGUGAGAAACAAAAGAAAAAAAAAACAGAGAGCAUUUUUAGAGAAUUCAAGAGAGAAAGAAGAGAAAAUCAGUGGAGAAAAAUCAAGAGAGUUUUGGGUGUUGUUUCUUCAACCAGGCUGUGUUGUUGUUGAAGUGUGGAAGAAGAAAGUCAUAUUGUGAGCUUAGCUUGAGAGGAGUGUUCAGCCAAGAUCAACCCUUCUAGUUGUUUUGGAUCGUUUCAGCUCAUUCGAGAUCAGUUUCAGGCCUUUUUAAAUUUGGUUUCAAGACUUGAAUCAAGAUGCCACCGAGACAGGCCAGACGUGGUGGAGCUUAUCUACCGAUACCUAUUUCCUCAUCUCCAGACUCUUCACCGCCAUCUACUCCGGCACCACUUCCGACCCCUAGCUUUGAGGUUACACCUUCGGGCUCUAGCUUUGAGUCUGAUCCAUCUGAGGAUUCACAUGAGUAUAUUCCACUUCAAACGCCGAUGCCUAUGUCACCAGAUCCGUAUUACACAGAUAUAGAGGUCGAUGUUGUUCAUGAUCAUCCUGCCGAUCAUCCUGCCGCUCAUGCUGCUGCUGCAGAAGAUGUUCCAAAUGUUCAUGCUGAAGCACCACCAGCAGCACAACCUGCGCCAGCACCAGCGCCAACUGAUCCAGCGAUAGUGGCACUUCUAGAAUUGAUGGCGGAGAUGGUAAACUUACAACAUCAAACUCUUAAUGCACAGCGUGCGCAGCCAGCUCCGGUACCUACCACGUCACAUCCUGACUUUUUGAAGAUUGUUAUGCUCAUGAAGAACUUGGGUACUAGACACUACCGAGGAGGGACUGAUCCGUUCGAGGCUGAUGCAUGGUUACAGAACCUUGAGGGAAACUUUCAGGCGACUCGCUGUCAGGAUGAGUUCAAGAAAGAUGUGGCUGUGUACUACUUGGAGAAGGAUGCAUUGAGCUGGUGGUUGUGUGUAGACCGCUACCUUGGUAAUGUGACAACUACUUGGUCAGACUUUCGUCAAGCAUUUCAGCGGAAGUAUUUUCCACCAGAGGCUAGAGAUUGUCUUGAGGCUCAGUUCAUGGCGUUGGUACAGGGAGAUAAUUCUGUUAGGAGGUACGAAUCAGAGUUCACCCGCCUCAGGCGUUAUGUUCACUACGGUCAGGAAGACGAUCCUAUGAUUAUCAGGAAGUUCCUUCGAGGACUUAGUCCAUACAUUAGGAGCCGUCUUGAAGCUGUUGAGUUUGGUAGACUUUCUGACUUGGUGGAGCGAGCAGUGAAUGUAGAAGAAGCUAUCAUCGCGGAACGCGCAUCGUCGAGUCAUUCCGCAGAAAUACGACGCCAGGCUACUCAGAGUCAGCGACCGUCUCCGUCCAUGAUGGAUCGAGGUCAUAGAGGCAGAGCAGUUCGUGGAGGACGUUCAGGAGGACAUCGUCAGAGAACUCAGACUUGCUUUGGUUGUGGCCAGAGGGGCCAUAUAGCUAGAGAUUGUCCGAAUGGAGGACAAUACAGGCCAGCGGUACCACCCAGUGUUACUUGCUUCACGUGUGGAGAGCGAGGACAUUACGCAACAUCUUGUCCUCAUACUCACCCUACAUCUUCAGAUGCACCACGAGCUCCACAGGCUGGAUCAUCUCGUUCCCCUUUACCCUUUCCCAUACCACCAGCGAAGCGUCAGGCCAUUUCUGGUAGGGCCUAUGCCUUAGAGUUACCUGGACCACCGGGACCACCGAAGGGUCCUAUCACAGGUAACCAUUAGGCGGGAGAUACUUUUCUCUUUUGGACUAGAAGGAACGGCGUAAUCAGCGGUAGUUUUUGUUGUCCUUGCAACGAACCUUUUGAUGUAUAUUUACUGUAAAACGUUGUUGGGCGAUAGGCCGUAGGAUAAAACUAUAACGGUUUGUAAAAUGUUUAAAGUAAAUAAAUAAGGUAUAAAGAAUGUUUUAUAAACUACUAGUUCUCACAUGAUAUUAGUCCUUGUCCGGGACAAACCAACUAUCGAGUAUUGCUUGUCGGGUUGAAAAGCCAAGAGUGAUAUCCGAUAGGAGCGUCGGUGUUCUCAGUUUGUUGAUCUAAGGUGAUCAGAAUUAUUCUGGGAACCUCGGAUCGACCUUCGGGGAACAACGACGGUGUCAUUUUCGGUCAACUAUGAUCGGGGGUGUCACACGGAUGAUCCUUUAAAACAAGUUGUGAGUGCUGCAUAUGGAGACAUCAACAAAUUAAAUAUCUCUACGAGCUCCUACAC